CUGUCUUCGAGAAGAUUCAGAGGAGAAUCAUUCGAAAGGGUACUCAAAAUUAAUCAAUUAAAGUAGGCGUGUUGUAAUCGUCAAAGAUUUGGAACUUUCGCUUAAAUCUUCCUCAACAUCUUCUUCCGCGUAAUUUUCCCUGGAAACUCCAUUUUAUUAUCUCGAUUGUGAUAUUCAAUUUUCAAAUCGUUGACCGAAGAAGACAUUAAAGAAUAUGGCGAAAGAGGGAACAACGGUGAUCGGAGUUCCGUAUUACGCGGGGCAGAAUCCCUACCAGGCCGGGAUUGUGCCGCCGAACGCUAUCUACGGCGAUCCUUUGGGUGCUCCGAUCCAGCAAACGAUUUAUCGCGACACUCCUGCUCCUUUCAAUUGCCUUUAUUGCGGCAAUACUGGUCUCACCAAUCUCAGAUCAAAACCUGGUGUUGCUGCUGUUGUUGCUUGUAUGAUGCCGUUUAUGCUUGGAUUCUGUUUUCUGUGCCCGUCAAUGGAUUGCCUCUGGAACAAACAGCACCAUUGCCCUCAGUGUGGGAACAAGGUUGCUGACUUUGAUAAAUCAGAUCCCUGCCUGGUGAUGGAUCCGCCUCAGUGGAAGCAACCUAGCUUUGCACUCCCUGCAUGAUGAGAUGUCUUCUUUUUUAUUCUGAUUAAUAUUGUUUGUGAAGUUGAGUGGCUCUAUUGCAUGUACUUAAAAAAUAUGUAAGAUCCAGAUUAACCCUAUAGAAUGUGUGAGAAAUGGAAUAUGAAUUGAACUGUUUGUGGUCUUGAUUCUUUUU